AUGAUGGUGGAGCGUGCAAUCAAUUUAGAUGUUCAUCAAGACCAUCAUUUCACUCCUAAACUGGACCAAGUACCAAUAGUCUAUUCAUCAAACAAACGAAUUCAAAGCCAAGUUUUUCAGCAAGACCAACAAUUUACUUCUAAACUGGACCAAGUACCAAUAGCCUAUUCAUUGGACGAACAAAUUAAAAACCAAGAAGAGUUACAAGUAUAUCCCGGCAGUCCUAAUAAAUAUGAACGUCACUUGAUGGUUAAUAAUGAGCAAGUUCCUCCUCAAUAUUUAAUUCCAAACGAAUGUAAAGUCUUUGACCCUAAACUGGAUCAAGUACCUACAACCUUUCCGUUAGAGGAGAAAGAAAUUCAAAAGGAAGAUUCAAGAAGAUGCAACCCUUACUAUCUAAAACAUUCCAUAUACUUCUACAGCGUCAAGGAAAAUUUCAACUACUAUCCUUGGCAUACUUACCAACAACCUGAAGGAAAAGUAAAAUAUUUACAAGUACGUGGCCCUCAACAUGUACCAGAAAUUUGCAAAGAAUCUUCAGUGUCUUAUAAUACAGUACAAGAAGUAAUUUUUUAUAAAAUAGAAUUGGAAUAUAUUGAACCAGGGUACUUUCACAGCAGACAUUUAGAACAGGUAUAUAUCCAAUAUAAUAAAUUGAAAAAUAUACCAAUGGGUGUCUUUAACGGUACCAAUUUAAGAAGCAUAGUUCUGGCUGAUAAUCAAAUAGAAACUAUUGAACAUGGUGCAUUUCAAAAUAUGCAUAAUUUAGAAGCCAUUGCUUUGGAUUACAACAAAAUCAAGAUAUUUAGUCCUUAUUGGUUUGAUGGAGCUAAGGUACUAUAUGAAAUAUCCUUCAUACAUAAUAAUUUAACAGAACUACCAUUUGAAACAACAAAAAACGUUGCCGAUUCUGUAUAUAAACUAGGAUAUGAAAUUUACGGAUCAAUCUAUUUUGACAACAACAAUAUCAAGUACAUUCAAUCGGAUGCUUUUAGAAACUUAAAAAAUUUCGGUACCAUCAGCUUGAGCAACAAUCAACUUUUGGAAAUACCUGAGAAGCUUUUUCAAGGAUUCGAAUUUCUGUUGACAGUCUACAUGAACACUAACUCCUUUAUUUGCUUCAACAAUAGAACGAUACAAAGUAUGUCGGGUGUGAAAAGGUUGUUUUUGGGUAAUAAUAAUUUUAAUAAAGACUGUAUGGAUAGAUUGAGAAGCUUCUUUGAUUGGAAAAAUGAUUUGGUGUAUUUUUAG